AUGCCGUCCUACGGCACGGCGAAUAAACCAUCAUCAUCGGCGACAUUCAGAGCCGACCGAGGGAUCGUGCAAAUGAUGAAAGUCGAUAAGGACAAAUCGGAAAAGAAAAUAAAAGACGCGAUAGAGCUGUUAAAAGCUACCGAAGAAGGAAGGGCCAGGGCGAAGGCCGAAAAACUAAGAGCGGAAAUCAACCGGUUGAAACACACCAUCGAGCAAAUGAAUCACAUGCUCAAAAAAAUGAACGAACAGUCCGAAAGACAAGAAUUAAAGCACGACGCUUUAAUAAAACAACUUAUAAACGAUAAUAAUCAACAAAUCAACGACAAUAAUAAAAAACUAAUUAAUGACACUCAUAAACAAAUAAAUAAUAAUAAAUCAAACGACACUGACAAACAAAACAAAGACCCAGAGUCAAUAGUGGCGUUAGCAGAUUUUGCGCUUCUCAUUCAGGAAAUGAAAAAGAUCUUAUUUAAAAAUUUUAAUCACAAUAGUAGCAAUACCGAACCUAUUAUUGCUUUUGGAGGAUAUUAUGCUGGAAUGUUGUCAGCUUUGUUAAGAAUGAAGUAUCCGUUUUUAGUUAGGGCAGCCCUUACUUCAUCUGCACCUCUUUUCUACUUGCCCGGACUUACUUCCUGCGAAGGAUAUUAUCAGAAAGCUACUCAAGUUUUUGAAAGACAUGGACAUGAGAAAUGUGUCAAAACAAUACAACUUGGAUGGAAUAUAAUUGAAACCUUAACCAAAUCGAAAAUAGGUAUGAAUUAUAUUUCUUCAACUUGGAAGCUUUGUACAAAACUACAAACGGCAGAAGAUGUGAAAAUGUUGGUAGAUUGGUUAAGCAAAAUAUUUAUAGAAUUAUCUAUGGCAAAUUAUCCCUACCCUUCAAAUUACUACAAUCCAGUUCCAGCCUUUCCAGUGAUGGUAUUUUGCGAUAAACUGAACACUGGUUAUUAUAACGACACGAAAGCAUUUAUUCAAAUAUUUGCGAAUGCUUUGCAAAUGUAUACUAAUUAUACUGGCAAAACAUAUUGUAACAACAUUUACAGUAAAGAAGAAGACUUAAAUGACGUUGCUUGGAAAUACCAAACAUGCACAGAGUUAAUAAUGCCCAAAUGUUCAACUGAGCAAGAUAUGUUCAUCACAAAGAAAUGGGUUUAUGAAAAAUUUGCUUCUGAUUGUUACAAAAAAUUUGAAGUCAGACCGAAACCUAAUUUUAUGUUUUUGGCAUAUGGUAUAAACAAAUUAAAGCAUUAUACAAAUAUUCUCUUCAGUAGCAGCACUACAGAUCCGGCUUCAUGGGGUGUCGUUGAUUUCAAUAAGUCAGAUGAAGUUGAUAAAUCGUUAGAGACUUAUCAAAUUAUGGAUGCUCCAUACCUUAUGGAGUUCAGAGGUGCUAAUCCUUCUGAUAAUAAUUAUAUUUUGGAAGCUAGGAAGUUUUAUAUAUCAGUACUGAAAAAAUGGCUUAAACUGAACUAAGUGAGACCAUAAUAAUUAAUGUUGUUUACUUACAUGUGAAUAACUACUUUAAAUAAUAUUAUUAUAUAUUUCAAUCAAUAUUGUAAUCUUAUAUUCAAUAUAUUACCUUUUAAUAUACGAAU